AUGAUCACUCCGGCUUCCACUUGUUCCACCCAGACAGUGAGGACAACCUGUAAGACAAUUAGUGCUUGCAGUGCGAAGGGAACCACUGUCACCAAGACAGUAGACGAGGAUGGUUUGGUCGAAGCGACUGUGACACAUAUUGAUAACGACGUGCCAACUGAUGCUUCAGACGAUUCUAUUGCCAGUUCUCUUGAAAGCUACUACUCUAGUUAUUGGUCCGCUGUGGAUGCGACUUCCACCAGCUCCAUCACCACCAGCACUUCUACUACUACAUCUUCCGCUGGUGGCGGCCAGACCCAUGACCCCAUCCCCAACUCCCUUCUCAUCCUCAAAGAGCAUAUAGAGGACGACCAUUUUGACUCUUCCGUUAGCUACUAUUACAAGUGGUACAGUGUUUACUACAGCUACAGGCACCAGGUUACCGAGAAGGAUAUCUGCGCGUUAUCGGGCAGGGUCGAUGGACCGGUUCAGAGCGAUGAAGGCGAAGAGUAUCCAACCUCGCUGGGACCAUUCAUUUUAGGCCAGUAUACUGGCUGUUUAUACAGUGGAAGCAAGCACAGGCCUGGGUCUGUGAAGUGUGACAACUCGGAACUCCCUUUCACCUGUCUGGGGUACAAAUAUAACGCUCAUGCAGCGGACUGGAGCUGUGGGAAGACCUACACGAAGGAUGGAACAACGCAUUACACUUAUUACUAUAAAGCCCUUGAGUGUCUAAUCUUGUGA